AUGGAUCGAAUAAAGCGCGUCCUGUCAAGGCCAAAUGCGAAGCCAUACCGCACGAAACAUAUCAACGAUGACCAGCCAUACAUAAAUGAAAAUGGGCAUCUGGAUUUCGGACCAGGGGAUAUCGAGAAUCCAAAGAAUUGGUCGACCACGAGACGAUGGUAUAUUACCGUGGUAGCAGUUUUGCUCGUCGUAAAUGCAACGUUUGCAUCGUCAAGUCCAUCGGGAUGUUUGACAGGAAUCGAGGCAGAAUUUAAUAUCUCUGCCGAAGUCGCAGCGUUGGUCAUCUCGGUGUUCCUUUUGGGAUAUUGCUUUGGACCUUUGUUCUGGGCUCCAUUAUCAGAAUUCUUUGGACGAAGAUGGAUCUUUUAUAUCUCGUUUACCUUGUACCUGGCAUUCAAUUUCCUCUGUGCUUUCGCCAAUAAUUUCGCAGCUCUCUUGAUAGGACGAUUCAUAACCGGUACCAUGGCCAGUUCGCCACUUUCAAAUGCGCCUGGAGUUCUCGCCGAUAUUUGGGGUCCUGUGGAAAGAGGGAAUGCAAUGGCUUUGUUCUCAAUGAUGACCUUCGCUGGUCCAGCUUUGGGUCCUGUCAUUUCUGGCUUUCUCGAAUUGAAGAAGGAUUGGAGGUGGAAUUUCUACGUCAUCUUAUGGCUUGCUGGUAUCACCGAACUUUUGAUGUUUACCAUACCAGAGACUUUACCUUCGAAAAUAUUAGUAAACAAAGCUAGGAGAAUAAGGGCAUUGAACAUUCCAGGUUACGAAAACGUCAAGGCUCCUGUCGAAGAUAGCGAUCGCACAUUGUGGCAGCUUUUCAAGGUCGCACUCAUCAGACCAUGGCAACUCCUCGUCGACCCAAUCUCGUUCGCCGUUGCGGUUUACUUAUCUGUCGUGUAUGCUCUACUGUAUAUGUUGUUCACCAUUUAUCCUAUCAUUUUCCAACAGAAGCGUGGUUGGAAUUCUGGAGUGGGAGAACUACCAUUGAUUGGGACAAUAAUCGGAGCCUUCAUAGGAGGUGUCGCCAUCUUUAUGGUGUCUUCUCGGGAUAGAAAGAAGUUGGAAGCUGGUCAUAUCGGAGUAGCAGAGGAUCGUUUACCAGUCGCAAUGGCCGGUGGAAUCAUUUUUCCAAUCACCAUGUUUUGGUUCGCGUGGUCUGGAAAUUAUAAUGAAGUGCACUGGAUUGUUCCCACUCUUGGAGGGGUAUUCCUCUCCACUUCAAUUCUCCUCAUUUUUGUCGCCUAUCUCAACUACCUGACUGAUACAUACCUGAUGUAUGCCGCGAGUGCCGUUGCUGCAAAUACUGUUUGCAGAUCGGCAGCUGGUGCCGCAGCUCCAGUAUUUACAUCAUAUAUGUUCGAUGCUCUCGGCGUCGGUGGUGGUGGCUCACUAAUCGGUGGAAUUGCCGUUCUUCUCGCUCCGAUCCCCUUUUUGUUUUAUAAAUAUGGUGGAGCUAUCCGAGAACGAUCUAAAUUCGCACCCACGCCUACGAAGAAACCUUCCAUUGGAGAAGCUGUCGGCAAUGAAAAAAAUCGCGAUACUGCUCAACCUUCACCAAACAGAACGACUCAAGAUAGGACCAGUAUCAGCUCUGAGUCAUCAUCAAGUAUAGCAAGCAUGCCGACUUCCCCACGUGAAGAUACUUAUCAUCAAGAAGGAUAUAUUGAGGAGGGAAUGGGAUAUGGACGAGUAGCACUCCCUAGUGAUACGAGAGCACAUGAUGCUGGACAACUUGCAAGCGAGAAGUAA